AUGCAAACUUUCUUCAUCUCCUUAGAUCUUUGGGAUGUCAUUGACGAUGAGGAGUACGAAGAACCAUCCGAAGACAAUGAAGAUUACGAAAAAUUUCAAAAAGAAUUUAAAAGAAAAGAUGCAAUGGCUCUCCGCUAUAUUCAACAAGGAGUCGGAAAAUCAAUUUUCCCUUGUAUCUUUGGUGUUAAAAAAGCCAAAGAUGCUUGGGAAAUAUUGAUGCAAGAAUUUCAAGGAACGGAGAAAACGAUCGCCUUGAAACUUCAAUCCUUAUGGAGAGACUUUGAUAAUCUCCAAAUAGAAGAACGAGAAUCGGUUCGUGUUUUUUCUUCACGAGUAGCCGAGACAGUAAAUCAAAUCAAAAGUUGUGGUGACACAAUUACAGAUAAAAGAGUCGUGGAGAAAAUGUUAAGAUGCCUUCCUCCAAAGUUUGACCAUGGUGCAGCCGCAAUUGAAGAAUCGAAAGACUUGUCCAAAAUGACCAUUUAUGAGUUAACCGGGUCACUUCUUGCCCAUGAGCAAAGGAUCAAUCGUUCGAGUAACCAAUCUACUACCGAACAAGCUUUCCAAUCAAAGCAAACAUCAAAAGGAGGAUCGAACAACUAUGGAGAACACAACAGAAGCUCAAAUCAAACAAAACAAAAAGAUAGCUAUUGGAAGAAGGGUGACAAGCAAAGCAAAUGGAAAGGCAAGCAAACACAAAUUUCUGGUGGUAACAAUCCAACUUGCAUAAUUUGCAAAAAAAAUGAAUCAUGA